AUGAAGGACGGCAUCGAUUUCGACUUCGCCGCGCUCCCCUCCCUCAUCGACCCAGGAGCCGAAGACCUCCUCAACACAAUUGAUUCAAUUCGCGCCCUCAACAUAGGCAUACACUUCGACUUCCCUCAAAUUGUAGUGGUAGGCGACCAUGACUCAGGAAAGUCGUCCGUCCUCGAGGCUCUCACGCACAUCCGUUUAUCCACCGAGGGCGGCAGCAAUUGCGCGCGCUUCGUAACGGAGCUUGUGCUGCGGCGCUCGAGUGUCUCCAGAAUCGAUGUGAAUAUCAAUUUGGCAGAGAGAGAAGAAAAAGCAAACGAGGAAGAUGAAGAGGACGAGGAAGAAGAAAAGGAGGAAGAAGAGGAAGAAGAAGAGGAUGAAGGCGAGGACAGAGAGGAUGGAGAGAGGGAAGUGGAGGAAGGGGAAGACGGAAAAGACUCGGAAGAAUCAGAAGGCGACCCGGGCGACCACCAUUCCAAGCCGUUUACCAAGAGGCCGUUCAGUCAAAGUAUGUUGUCUAAGCGUAUUGAGGAGGCUAAGCAGAAAGUGCAGAGAACGGACAAGUUCUCAAGGGGUGUUUUGAGGGUGGAGGUCAUGGGACCUGAUGUUCCCUCUCUCACGCUUGUCGAAGUUCCCGAUCUCCGAGAAAUAACAGCUGAGAAUCAUUCGAAACACCCCGAGGAAGCUGAUGGUCUAGUGGAAAGCUAUUUGAGGCGCAGCAAUACUAUCGCACUGCACGUAUGUCCAGCAAACGUUGCGCACUCUUACCACGGUACCGUCGUGGACCGAUUGGCCUCCAAGCUUUGCUUGACCCAAGAUAGGAUCCUACAUAUCGCCACCAAGCCCGACCUCAAAACAACAUGCUUCAAACCGACAAGGAAUGGUGAAACCGCCCACGUGAGCGAGCUUGAGUGGCACGUUUUGUGUAAUAUGGCGCAUCGCGACGAGGAAGAUUGCUGCUAUAAGAAUCGCGAUGCUGUUGAAACUUCCAUCCUUAACCGCAGCCCUUGGGUCGAUAUACCCUACGAAGACAGGGGCAUCAAAUGUCUCCGGAAGGAAAUCAGCAAGUUGCUUCUAGAGCAGAUCCAUCAGGCACUGGACGAUGCCAUGGGCAACAUCAUAUCUCAGUUAAACGAACGAGAGACAAGGCUAGCACGUCUCGGGAGUCCACGCACCACGGCGGCAGAGGCGCGGUCCUACUUGCUUGGCGUGUCGGCAGAAUUCCAGCGCCUAUGCCGCGAUGCCCUUAACGGGCUGUAUGGGGACAAAUUUUUUAGCGGCGUCGACAGUCGAUCCAACAAGCUGCGCGCUCAAGUACAGGAUCUCAACUGGGCGUUUGGCAUUACUCUGUCGACCAGAGGAGCGAGUCUGAGGAUUGUAAACGAUGCCGAUCCCAGCCUCGGGGGUGAGAACGGCGGGCAAGGGCAAACAUUGGAUGGCGCAAAGACGUCGGCUCCGAGCCAUCUCAAGCCAUUACUCAGUGUUUACCAGUUCCCAUUGCCAAAGCUGGUCACCUCCCAAUCUUACCUCAACAAGACUCUGGCGGAGUACGGCUCCAUCAAUCAAGGUCGGGAGCUUCUUAUCGUUGACAUGUUUAAGAAGCAAGCUCAACCCUGGAAGAAGAUUGCCAUGUUCCACCUUCGCCUGAUCAUAGACACUACGCAUGAGUUCAUCGAGAGGCUCUUGCGUUACAUCAACCACUCAAACGAUGAUACUGCUACUGCAAUCCGACGAGCCUAUAUAGAUCCGUUCUUCACAGAGCAAAGAAAAUCUCUCUACCACAAGCUAAUGGAGCUCUUGCGUCCCUACGCUGAGGGCUACAGGAUGUCUCCUUCCCUAGGGUAUUACGAACGGAUUUCUGGAAGAGUUGACUGUCACAUCCUGGAACACUUCACUACAUCUCCCACAGAGGUGGGCGAAUCUGAUACGUCCGAGCGUAUCCAAGACUCCCCAGAGCCGGAAAGUUCACAGAGUACUGAGCCCAAACCGGGCGAUAUCAUUGACGUGAUGAAGAUGUACUACGAGAUGUCGCUCCAAACGUUUAGUGACAAUAUUAUCCACUUAGCCAUCGAGAGUUGCUUUCUACGCCCUAUACCAGACCUCUUCACGCCGGCAAUGGUCAGCCUCAUGGAUGACACCGCAGUCCUAGCCCUAGCCGGGGAGCCUGAAGAAGCUGGUUUGGAGAGGCGACGAUUAAAAGAACACGCUGAUGUGCUUAGGAAAGGGCUCAGGAAGUGCCGCCAGUAUCGACCUCGUAGAUCCGUGAUGGACCUUCUUUCCGGACUCGGCCACUCACCAUCAUCCGGCACAUUACCCAAGUCCAUGCAAGCCCCAUCUGUGAUGCCCAAGGUCCAAGGCGAAACAACACCAACCAUCCCGCGAACUUCGUCCUCGAGCGCCACAGGCACCACUGCCGCCGCACCAACAUUCAAGUUCAAUGCUUCGAAUGUAUACCCAAUCGCUGAUAAACCGUCCGAGGUGAAUCUACGUGUACCGCCCCCCUGGUUUCGGUCAACCAACACGCCUGAGGCCGGCCAAGGCCUAGAAUGA